AUGAUGUUCACCUGCAACUGGACUGCGCUUUUGUGCGCUCUACUCUCCAUUCUUUCAGUCUGUGUAGCAGAUAUACCUCAGACAAACUAUGACGUGAUCAUCAUUGGUGGUGGCCCUUCUGGCCUCAGCGCAGCGAGUGCCCUGUCGCGUGUCCUGCGGAAAUCAGUCCUCUUCGACUCUGGCGAGUACCGCAACAACCCUACUCGGCACAUGCAUGAUGUUAUUGGAAACGACCAUGUCGUACCCGCCGAGUUUCGGAAGACCGCCCGCGAGCAAAUUUCGUUUUACAACAUGACGACGUUCAUAGAUCAAAAGGUGACUAAGCUCGAGAAGACCGGGGACAACGCUUUCCAAGCGACUGUCGGGGACCAGCAAUAUACAGCUCGCAAGGUCAUCCUCGGCAGCGGAGUGAAAGACGACCUGCCCGAUGUCCCGGGUCUCCAGGAGGGUUUCGGAAAGGGUAUCUUCUGGUGUCCGUGGUGCGACGGCUUUGAGCAUCGUAAUCAGUCUAUGGGGGUUCUAGGAGAUAUUUCCGAAGCAUACGGAGCUGUCCGAGAACUGCACCCGACCCUGAACAAGGAUAUCAGAAUUUACGCCAACGGAACCAACACCACAGAGCAGAUCGCCAUCCUGGAUAAGAACCACCCUAAUUGGAGAAAGGUGUUCCAGGCCUACAAUGUGACAGUCAAUAACAAGCCCAUCCUUAACAUCACCCGUAUUCAAGAUGGAGCCGUUGUGAACGAUCCUGCGAUCCGGCUGGAGUUCGACAAGUUCCAAAUCUAUUUCGCCGACAACAGUUCUGAGGUGCGCGGCGCGUUCAUCACGAACUAUGGUACGUCGCAGAGGUCCGAUCUGCCGGCUCAGCUCGGUGUGGAAAUGCUGGGUUCCAAGAUCAAUACGUUGCGCAAGGGAUUGCAGACUAGCGUCCCGGGAGUUUGGGGUGUUGGCGAUGCCAACAGCGAUAACAGUACUAAUGUCCCCCAUGGUAUGUCUAGUGGGAAAUCAGCGGCUGUGUACUGUCAUGUUGAAUUGGCUCAAGAGGAACUCGACCGCGACGCUGGAUUGGAGAAGAGAGAAACCGAGUUUGAUGCGGAAUCUUUCCAUGAGACCACCGAAAGACAGAUGGGUAGUGAGAUCCAGGACCUCUACAAGAGACUCAGCCGUCGUUAA